AUGGAACCCAUGACUCUAGGCAGUCCCGUGAAUAGCCCCAACAGCAACCAGGGCCAGUACCUGCCCCCUUUCCUAAUGGGGGAUCCGCAGACCAUGACGCCGCACAAGAGCACGCUCUCUCCAAAGCCGGGACGCUACAACGUCAGCUUCGCGACAUCUCCAACCAGCUCAUCUUCGCAUGACUUCAACCGCUCCGGGAUCAACACGUUCUUCGGUCCGGCAGGCAGCGGUGGUCCACAUGGGUCCGGAGGCCAUGGCUCAAGCUCGGCCAACGUGUCCCUGCACCAAGCCGGGCCGCCGACCCAGGGACUCUUCGAGUCGUUUCGGGAGCAGCAGCACACACCGCACCGCCAGCAUCUGAGCAUUUUGAAUCAGUCGCAGAACCUGAGCCUGAACCAGGACUACCACAACAACGACUCGAACGUGGCCAACUACAAUACCAUCAACGCAUCAAUUCGGAGCCUCUCCUCGCCGAUGGUCGGUUUGCAAGGCAAUGGCGGUGGCGGUGGUACCACACGGCCCGGCGACUUCUGGGUGACCAUCUUCGGCUACGUGCCGGGCAACAGCUCCAUGGUGCUGCAACACUUCACGCUCUGCGGGACCAUUAUGGAGGUGUCGCAUGCCCCGAAAAAAGGCAACUGGAUGCACGUGCGUUUCUCCUCGCGCAUCGAGAGCGACAAGGCGCUGAACUUCAACGAGAAGGUGAUCGGCGGCAACGUCAUGGUGGGCGUCACCCGGUGCACGGAAAGGACUAUUGUCGACAAGGAAAACUGCAAUGCGUCGUCGUCGACGUCGUUCAACGGUGGAGAGCAGGUCCAGAGCCCGAAAUCGCCCAAAAUCCGUCCCCUUGUCCAGCAAUCCUACAAGUUGGCCCAGAAUGAUGCGAAGGUUGUGCAGACCAAGGACAUGCCCACGAAGAGCAAUGGGCUGGUUGACAAGGCCAUGGAUCUCCUCUUUGGCUGGUGAGGCGCUCGAGCAGGAACAGCCCCUUCUCGGCUCGGAUGCUCCCCAGAUCCAGAUCUUCCCCAGAAAAUGCACUCUCCCCUGGAGUUUUUUUGUGGCCAGGAGACGGCCCGUUCCUUUAACUUAUUUACUUCUUAAACACUGCGUAAAUCCUAUACUGCAUACAUACAUACAUAUUUAAAAAAAA